AUGCCGGCGUGCGGGGACCGGUCCCGUUAUCGCGGCGUGAAUCCGGCUCGGGUCUGUACGGAGCGGAGCGGGGUGCGCGCAGGCAGCGGUGGGUGCCCACCCGCGCCGGGGGACACCAUGAGGCCGCCGCCUCCCCGCCCCCCCCUGGUGCUGCUGCUGCUGCUCUGGGUGCAGGGGGGGGCCCGAGGCACCUUCCCCGAGGAGCCCGGUCCCAUCGCUGUGGCCCCCCAGGACUACGUGAAGCACUACCCCGUGUUCGUGGGGCACGGCAUGAGCCGCUCGCCCGGCCCUGAAGUGGGGGGCCCCCAGCGCCUCAACAUCCAGCGCAUUCUCAAGGUCAACAGGACCCUCUUCAUCGGGGACAGGGACAACAUCUACCGCGUCAGCCUGGAGCCCACUGGAGCCACUGAGAUGCGCUACCACCGGAAGCUGACAUGGCACUCGAACCAGCAUGACAUCAGCAUCUGCAGGAUGAAAGGGAAACACGAGGCAGAGUGCCGCAACUUCAUCAAGGUGCUGCUGGUGCGGAGCAAGAACCUGCUCUUCGUCUGCGGCACCAACGCCUUCAACCCGGUCUGCGCCAACUACAGCAUGGACACACUGGAGCCUGUCGGGGACAACAUCAGCGGCAUGGCACGGUGUCCCUAUGACCCCAAGCACGCCAAUGUGGCCCUCUUCACAGGGGGGAUGCUCUUCACCGCCACUGUCACCGAUUUCCUGGCCAUCGACGCCGUCAUCUACCGCAGCCUUGGGGACAGCCCAACCCUCCGCACCGUCAAACACGACUCCAAAUGGUUCAAAGAGCCUUACUUUGUGCACGCCGUGGAAUGGAGGAGCCACGUCUACUUCUUCUUCCGGGAGAUCGCCAUGGAGUUCAACUACCUGGAGAAGGUGGUGGUGUCCCGGGUGGCCCGGGUGUGCAAGAACGACAUGGGGGGCUCACAGCGGGUGCUGGAGAAGCAGUGGACGUCCUUCCUCAAGGCCCGGCUCAACUGCUCCGUGCCGGGAGACUCCCAUUUCUACUUCAACGUCAUCCAAGCCGUGACCGACAUCCUGGAGCUGGACGGGCGCCCCGUGGUGCUCGCUGUCUUCUCCACGCCUGCCAACAGCAUUCCUGGUUCGGCCGUCUGUGCCUUUGACAUGACCCAAGUGGCUGCUGUCUUCGAGGGACGUUUCCGGGAGCAGAAGUCACCCGAGUCCAUCUGGACGCCCGUGCCCGAGGACAUGGUGCCAAAACCCCGCCCCGGGUGCUGCGCUUCCCCCGGGAUGCGCUACAACUCCUCCAGCUCCUUCCCGGAUGAGAUCCUCAACUUCGUCAAGACACAUCCACUGAUGGACGAGGCAGUGCCGGCAAUGGGCAACGCACCCUGGAUCCUGCGCACCAUGAGCCGAUACCAGCUCCGCAAGAUCGUGGUGGACACCGCGGCAGGGCCGUGGGGCAACCACACCGUGGUGUUCCUGGGCGCCAGCACUGGCACCGUCCUCAAGUUCCUCAUCCAGCCCAACGCCAGCUCCAGCCCCGCGCCUGCCAUUCCCGGCAGCCAGAGCAUCUUCCUGGAGGAGUUCGAGACCUACCAGCCUGGGAGGUGUGGCCGGGACACGGCAGACGAGCGGCGGCUGCUGGGGCUGGAGCUGGACAAGGCAGCAGGGUCCCUGCUCUUGGCCUUCCCACCCUGCGUGGCCAGGGUGCCGGUGGCGCGAUGCCAGCAGCACUCGGGCUGCAUGAAGAACUGCCUCGGGAGCCAGGAUCCCUACUGUGGAUGGACACCGGAGGGCUCCUGCAUCUUCUUGGAGCCCAGCCCCAGGGUUGCCUUUGAGCAGGACAUCACCGGCGGCAGCACAUCCCAUCUGGGCGAGUGCGAGGGGCUGGUGACAGAGAGCUUCGUGGACGAGCCGGACGGGCUGGUGUCGGUGAACCUGUUGGUGAUCUCCUCCGUGGCCGCCUUCGUCAUCGGCGCCGUCAUCUCGGGCUUCAGCGUGUGCUGGUUCAUCGGGCACCGGGACCGCAAGGAGCUGGCGCGGCGCAAGGACAAGGAAACCAUCCUGGCUCACAGCGAGUCCGUGGUGAGCGUCAGCCGCCUGGGCGAGCGCCGGGCGCGCAGCGGCCAACCCGGCGCCCUGCUGGCCCCGCUCAUGCCCAACGGGUGGCCCAAGGACUUGGGGAAGGUCGCCCAGCACGACCUGGACUCGGGGGUGCUGCCCACGCCGGAGCAGACCCCGCUGCAGCAGAAGCGCUGCCCCGGAGCGCUCCAGAACUGCACUUGGGAGCAGAGUCACAACAUCAUCAACGCCGCGCUGCGGGACCCCGGUGGCUCCGGUACCACCGGCACCGGGCGGCUCCACGCCGGCUCUGCCCGCCCGGCCCGCGGCAUCCCCCUCUCCUGCCACGCCAUCCUGGUGGAUCAGGAGCUGGAGGCUGAACUCAGCGACUCCUCGGGGGACGGACAUUGGGGUCGGGAGCCUCAAGAGGGUCCCCGCACCCGGCAGCACCCCCCCGCCGGCACCCGCCGUGCCCCCCGCAGCUCGUACGGUGACUUCUCCGGCACACCGCACCCCAGCCCCGAGCGCCGCAGGGUGGUUUCGGCACCCGGGGGGGAAGGGGGUGACUUUACCAAGGGGCCUCCUUGGCACCCUGACCAGCUGAACUUCAACGCCAACAACGGCACGGGCCGCACCGGCGCCCACCUCAAGAGGAACCACACGUUCAACAGCGGUGAGGGUGCUUACGGGAGACACGGCUCAGGGGCACGGGCCCCCAGCACCGGCCCCCCGCGGGCCCUGACGGACCUGCAGCACCUCCUGCGCUACGGCGUGGAGCGGACUCCCUCGGGGAAAUAGGUUCCCACCGUGUGUGUGUGUGUGUGUGUGAGUGUCCCCCAGCACUCCCUGGGGACAAGGAUGGGUGGCCAGGGCAGAGCUGCGGGCAUGGGGCGAGAAGCUGCAUGGGUGGGGGGGGACACAGGCACCCCCUGGGUAGGGUUUGGGGGUGUCCCCGGCUGGCAGUGGGGCAGUGCCCCACACUCCGGCUGCUUUGCCCUGGGUCCCAGGGGGCGUCCGUCCAUCCCGUCCCCUCCCCAGGCUGGACCCAGGGAUGUGGCACCCUGGAAGGGGAUCCCUGGGGGGCAGCAGGAUGGACACACGGACACAGCCGAGGAAGAGUGGGGCUGUGCCCCUCACCCUGCAGCCCCUCGGCUCCAUCAGCUGCACCCAGGCACCCCAAGAAAGGGGCUUAGUGGUGCUGCAAGCACCCUGGGGACACCUGGCCCGGGGGUGCGUUGGUUGUGGUGAUGGGACACGGUGAACUUGUGAGGUGCAGUGGGGCGGAGGAGCCCCCACAUGUGUGAUAUCUGCGGAUGGGGCACACUCACACUCCUAACCUGGGGUCAACCCCUGCCCAGAGCCAGUCUGGGGGGACCUCAUCCAUCCACCCCUCCUGGAGAGCACAGC